AGUCAGUAAUUUUUUUUUUUUUAAAAGUUUGAUUGUCAGUGUCAUUUGCAAUAUUCAUUGAAAUAUUCAAAUGCUUUUAUCGAAGAAGAACAUGAUUAACACGAUUGCCCAGUCAAUUACCAUGAUUACACUUAUUUAAUCAUUUGCUUAGUGAUAAAAAUAUUUCUCACAGAAAAUCCCCUCCUGAUGUUUUGUCCUGCAAAAUAGGCUUGAGUGUGUGGCAGACUUGCAUGAAGACAAUAUAUGAGUAUGGUCAUGAUAUUUACAACAUGAAUUUUCUGGACUUAAUUGUGCUGUACGUGCUGGGCUUCACCAUUUGUCUGCUUUUGUACCUGUUCGCUGACAGCAAGUACUUGAAACAUGGCCCAGUGGGAAUGCUCAGAAAACUAACUUGGAGGGUCCUAAGACAUAUUGUGCCUUGGAAAUGGAUAGAAGCUGUUUUAACAAAAACACAUAUUUUAUUAAACUCGAGGAACCAGGUUUUCCGUGUGUUUUUUGGAACCAUGAUGGUCCUAGGCCACAUUGAGUACAUACUAGACAUUAUACCUUUGCUGUAUGAAUUCGUACCCAGUGAGAAUCAUGUGAUAUUACCCAUAAUCCUAGUCUUCCUGAACCUCUUCUUCUAUCAUAAAUGUUGUAUGGAGGACCCAGGAAUCAUUAAUGCCAGGACAAUAAACAGAUACAGAAAUGCCUAUCCAUAUGAUUACAAAAUGUUUAAGCCUGGAGUAAAUUGUGCAACCUGUCUGCUUGAGAAACCUGCCAGAUCUAAGCACUGCAGUAUUUGUAACAGGUGUGUUCAUAGAUUUGACCAUCAUUGUAUCUGGACAAACAAUGAUGUGGGAGGCUUGAAUCAUGGGAUCUUUGUUAUCUUCCUCUUGUCCUUGAUAGCCAUCAUGGUCAAUGGUGUGUGGAUGGCCAGCAGAAGCCUCAUAUUGUACACAGAGCACUACAAAAUAAUGCAGACAUCUGUAAUGGCAGCUGAUGGCUCUGUACAACAGAUUACCUUUUCUAUUCUUUUUCAGCAUUUGUUUAUGACUUUCCCAAGAAUUGUGUUCAUGCUGGUGGCUUUUACUUUACUUAUACCAAUGGUGGGAACAUUUGCGCUGUACCACGUGUUCCUCAUUUCAGCCAAUCAGACGACGAACGAGAGGUACAAGCGUGUAUCUGACUCGAACUACAACUUUGUGGAAGGUGUUAUACUAAAUAAGACGAAGAAUAAGAAUUCAAGUAAAAGGACGCAAGACAAAAUACCACGUUUUAAAUUUACCUACAGCAGGGGUUUGCUGAAAAAUCUUUAUGAAGCUUUCUUUGCAAAGCAAUUUCUUUUCAGCGGAAGAAAACAGAGAUAAAUGAAAAUUAGUGCAAAUUUUCUAUUACCGGUAUUAAAACUUUAAAAUUUCCAAACUUUUAAUAACUGUGAUGGCUUUGAUAAUAUGGACCAAGGGCUACAUUCUUGUUUCAUUAUGUUAGUUCGAAGCAUACUUUUUGUACAUGUAUGAAAAUUAAUUGAUUUUUUGAUAAAUUUAAAAAAAACAAAUCAUUAAAGCCAAUUCCAGUUUAUGUCAUUGUCAGAUAUUUUUAAGAAUUGUUAAUGUUUACAUAAUAUGUUUAUAAAAGUUUGCAUUAAA